AUGACACGCUUAUCAAAGUUGGGGAAAACUGUGCUUGCCAUAUAUUUGGUGCAGGCAAUUGUGCUGACGACGUUGGAAUGUCUGGUUGUAUAUUUUCAUGUGUCCUUCGUCAACAACUAUGCACUCGAUGAGACUGGACAAGGAAUCAGCGAGUCGGAUUUAAUAUAUCAUGCAAUAUUCAUUCUCGCACAAGCAUUUCAGUUAAUCAUAUGUGUGGACGCACUAUUCAAUCGCAACACUAUCCAGUUGGUCGCUCUCGCUAUUCUGAAUUUUAUCACUCUAUCGUAUGCCGGUGUUCAAACCUAUCAACACAUUAUACUGGAAGAUCAAGGCACAAAAGACGCAACCUGGUCGCCCGUAGACCCCAACAGAUUCCGUAGUUCUGAUGAUGCAAAAAUUUUCUUUGAAGGGAGGAUGAGACCUUUGGAAUAUAUAAUCAUCGGAAUCGUAGUAGCAUGCAGCGUCGUAUUAGGAAUAUUAACGAGAUAUUUGGUAAUCGAGUUUGGAUGGAAGAAUUAUCAAACAUACAGUGGCGACCCGAGCGUACGGAAAGCAUUCGUCGAAAUAACGUUAUUAAUGACGCUAAUUAAGAUGAAUAUAUUCUUCGUUGGAACUUACGCUAUUCAGUUGAUACCGUCGGAAAAGCUGGGCUACUCGAAAACAAUGACAGAGACAAUAUGCGUUUUUGUUGUUGGGACAAUUGCGUUCAUUAUCGCCUGGGUUGGGACAGCCAAAGAACAGAAAUACUGUUUAUUGUCGGUUAUUGGAAUCUUAAUCCUGAGCGUAGCAUAUUUUCUUUACCGCAUCGUUGAUGUCAAUAUGCAUGCUCAUCGUAUCCCCGAUCCAUAUCUAUACACCCGCAGAUUCCUUACUCUCUUCCUGGCGGUCGUGUUUUGUUUAACACUAGCUACCAUUGUAAAUAUGGGAAUAUGUAUCAGAAAUCUGAUGAACGGUCUUUACGUGUUAACCGUAUACGGGCAUGAUGGGUCGGGCGAUCUAGAUUAUGACGAUCUAUCAACUCCAAAGACAAAUAGAGAAAAGAGGCAAAGUCAAGUGGCGGCUGCACGAGAACAUAAUAGGAGACUUAUAUACACAAAUGCAAACAAGCCUCCGAGUGUGUACUAA